ACAUUUUAACACCCGGAAACGCCGGUAUAGUUCUUCACAUGUAAACAAGAGAAGAAGUGACUGAUACCGCUGUGGAGGGAGAUAUUAGUGUUGUGUGAAGUCACAAUCGACAUUAUGGUGAACUAAAAACGGUAAGCGCCCGUAAAGUGCUACUAUAGACUUCACUUCACUUGGUUAUGUUCAAUAAUUAAACUAAUGAAGCUAUAUAUUAGCUGCCUCGGCUACUACAGAGCUAACAUGAGUUAGCAUAGCACCGGUUAGCCUGAUGUUAACCCACGUGUCUAUAUAUAUUCUGAGUGUUUACAUAUCCACCUCAUAAUUACAUGUUUUAUGGACAACAUAGAAUCUGGCAAUUUGAAGUCAGCCCGGUGCUAAACUAGUUAAAGUUGUGGUAAGUUACAUGAGCCAUUAUAGCCACAGCUGCUUGGUAGCAGUGCAGUGAGACGUCGUUGGGUGGUGCUGCUGUUCAGCUGCUGUUUUUAAGGUUGUAUUAUGGACUAUGCUGAGGAAAAUGAAGAUGAUGACGGUGUGGAAGGCAGCAAAUACCACCGCUUCUUUAUUGAGGACUGUAAUAGUUCAGAGGGAGAAGAAGAGAUCAAGUUCAGUCAGCAGAAACAUCACAGCAUCUGUAAACAACAAGCUGAGAGGCUCAGCAGGGAGAGCUCUCCUCCUCUCCUCCUGGCAUUCAACAUCACCUCUGGACGCCCCACGAGUCCCACAUCCAGUUUACAGGAGGACGAGGAGGAUGACCAGCCCAUCGAGGAGUGGAUGAUCCUGGAAGGAGAGGAGCAGGUGGGAGACUCAAGCAUCCAGCUCAACCUGAGCUACAGGGAGAGCUCUGAGGAUGACUCUGGAGAUGAAGAUCAGACUGUGAAAUCAGUGAAGGAUACCUGGGCUGUAUCAGAGAAAGACAAGCGUGGUGCUGAUAAGUCUCUGCCCAGCCGCUAUUUUCUGACUGGUCGCUCUCUGAUCUGUAACAUCUGCAACAGGACGGGACACAUUGCCAAAAGCUGCUACUACCACAAGAAAUGUCCCACCUGUGUCCUUUGUGGGAUCCAGGGCCACGUCCAGAGGGACUGUCCGGGCCGCCCCUGCCCCAGCUGUGGUCUGCCUUCACAUGGCCUCAAGCCCUGUGCAAGGCCCCCGGUGUGGAACCAACACUGCCAGCGCUGUGGGAUGCCAGGGCACCUCUCUGAUGUCUGCCCUGAUACAUGGAGACAAUACCACUUGACAAUCCGGUUAGAGCUUCCAGUCACGCCAUGGAGAGUCCACACCCUCAAACAUAAGAAAUGCCCCUCUCAUUGUUACAACUGCUCUAAGAGGGGACAUUAUGGAUUUGAGUGCGCUAAGAGGAGGAUGAUCAGUGGGACUUUUCCUUCACUGCCUUAUGUUUGCCACUAUGACACCAUUGAUGACAUCCUCCAGUGUCGUACCAGGAAGCAGAAAAGAGCCAAAGAGCUUUUGAGUGCUGGAUUGCGGCCUCUCUCAGACCAGCAGCCCUUGUCUGAAGCAACAGGCGAGAGCGGCGAGGAGAAUCAGCCUGUCCAGGGGAGGAGCAGGACAAAGCAGGAGACAUGUAGCAGAGCUGGCAGGAGGAAGAAGUGGCCAGAGAGGCGCAGAGAGAGGAGGGAGGUGAAGAAGCUUAGGAGAGAGGCUCAAGCCAGACGAGAAGGCGGACUACUGGGGAGAUCCCAGAGGUACUUUGAUGAUGAAGUUUGCCCUGCAGACCCCUUCAGGUCCACACACCCACCGCAGAAGAAGAGGAGGGAUGAGACAGGUGGCAGGAGCAGGAAGAGCAGAGAGGCAGAGAGGUGGAAGAAGAGAGGAGGGAUAAAACGUGGGGAUUUAUGUCCCCAUGGUGGUGUAGACAUCGGUAAUGAAAGCCUUCUUUCCCCAAAACAAAGAGUGCGCCACCGACGAAGAUGAAGUGUGAUUAUUUUUAUUUUCAAGGAGUAACAAAUGUAACUUGAUAACAAAAAAAUAUUUUGUAUUUGUCUUUCUUUCAUUUAUUUAUUGUCAAAUAAAAAAAACUAUAGAAUAGCAUGUACAGUUGAAGGUGCUCAUCUUCAGUGUGGCCGGUAUGAAUGUAGUUUUGUACUUUAACCUUGUUCUGCAAGUACAUCUACUACUAUUAUACUGGCUGGGCCAAAUUUUAUGCAAGUACAGUUUUCAACAUACAGUAUUUUGGGGUAUGUUUUUUACACACUUUGCCUAUUUUGGCCCUUGUAUAUUGUUGUAGGUCUUUGUUAUCCCCUGAAUACAAUGUUAGUUGUACAGUAUCAUAUCAUUUUCUGCAAUUUAAAUAAUUGAAAUCAGGUCUGUCUUUGUAAAGAGUAAUAUUUCUAUUGUAAAGACAACGACAAUAAACAUAGAUUUUCCAGAUAA